AUGGGUGAUUACCUAUGUGGCCGACUUGUUGAAGAGUAUAGGGAACUCAGGGAAGUCACUGAAAAUUUUGAUCUUGCAAACGAGGCAAUUUCUGAGGAGCUCCGCUCAGAAUGGGCAAAGCUAUCCACCCAACCAAUGCAGGGUGCAAAAAAACAAUUGCAGAGUGUAUUCCGCUAUAAAUCUGGAAAAUACUGUGAGGUGAGCGCCACAAAGGCAGAGGUUGGAGAAGUAUCACUUUCCACUGCGACCAACUCUAUAAAGCAAGGCAGCACUGCAUUUAUUAACGGUGGAAUCACUUUGUUGCUUCGUCAUGAUGAACCGGAACUCGCUGAGAAUCCUGAGGAUCAAGAUUUGGGACUACCUUCUGACUUUGACCAGGGGGAUCGGGAACGACUUUGUCUUGACUCGUUUGCCCAGAUCGAAAAGUCCCUGCUUGAGGGGCUGGCCCAUGAUGCCUUGGCAGCUGUUCGUGAACACAUCAAGCACAAAAAGGCCUACCUCCAACUGAAGGAUGAGGUUAUCCGCAAUCAGGGAGCGAACACACGUGCACAGGGAAUUCUCAAGUGUGCACAAAAUCUUAUGCUCACGCAUGCGAAUCGGUACAAUUUCAUUCGCGAACGACUUCUCCUACUUGGGCUCUCUGCCAAUGACAGCACCUUUCGGCCCCUGUCAACGAAAGACGAUCUUUGGAUGUAUAGCUUCAACACUUCACAUACCCGUCGUUCUGAAGGUUUGGAACCAUGGUAUUGGACCAUGCGACCAGUUGGUAAUGCCACAGACAAGGAAAUGCAGGAAUGGAUGCUCGAAGUGGAUCAUGUCCGAUGGUUUCGUCAACGAGCCUUGCAUGAUCGUCACCAUGAGGAAGUCAACAUUUUGAAGGAAGAAUUUGAACGAACCCUCCGAUCUUUUGCUGCCAUGUCAAGAGCAUGGUCUCAAACCAUCCAGGUAUCAGAAGAACAAUCUAUUUUGGGUGCCAAUGCGUAUGCUGCAAAAAUUUCAGCCGUGUAUCAGGAGAUGCAUGAAAGGUGCAAACAGUCAUAUUUAUUAGCAAUCGCUACACAUACGGAAGCUGGUGUUGAAUUAAGAGGAGGGCUGUAUCAUGGUUUGCAACUGGAGAUUCGUCAGUCUGUCAUGCGCCAAAUUUCCCUUGCGAUUCCGAAUACACACGUCGGCCCCAGCACUGCCAGCUCAAUCAAGUGGAGGUCCUUCUGGGAUGCAGCUUCAUGUAGUAGAGACCUGCUGGUGUCGUUGGCAAGGUGCACAACACCUCGCGCACCCACUCUUCUGCUUGAAGAAGCGUGUCCACCUCGCCAUAAUGUAUGUGUCUGUUCCCUGCACUCCUGA